AUGUUCAUCAGACCCUCGGCUCAGAGGAGCCUCUCCCUCCCUCGGAUCAGCACCUUUAGACGGCCUCAAGUAAUAUCGACAUCUUCACUGUGUCGUUCCGUUGCUGGCGCCGGCGCUUCAAGUCAGAGACUACUCGUCACGCGACCAGAUUUGCUGCCAUGGCAGAGGAGGAGCGAGCGUGUCAGCCACGGCACCCAGCACGAUAGGUCACUUGCUACCGCCAUCGAUGAUGCCCAUGCCCAAGAGGACUUGCCAUUCAAUAUACCAGCAUAUGCUCAGUCGCCGCAACCCCAGCGCAACCUGGCUCCAUACGAAUUACGACACUUCGACCCUUCGAACCCCAUCAUCGUCAAGCACGAGCUCGAGCCACCUGCCAGGCUACGGACAACAGGUCAAGGUAUUCCGGGUGAUAUCGAGACCAUGCUGUCCGUAUUUCACGCAUGCCUCCAGGUCUCCCAUCUCGACCGAGCUGCUCUUGUUCUCAAGCGCUUCGAGGAAUAUGAUCUCCUGCCCGGGCAUGAGCUGAUAAAGCUUCACAACAAAUACCUCGCUGCCAACAUUGAGCGUUUCUAUUCGCAACCAAAUAUCAAAUGGGCUGAAUCAAUGCAAUCAUGGUACGAAACACAAAUUCGUGCCAAGGGCCUUCCACAGACACCAAAGACAAUUGCCUACAUGCUGAAGAUUUCUCUCCUUUCUGGUCAGGAUUCGGAAAGACUCGAGCGUCGUAUCGACCGAUACAUGGGCAUGGUACCUGGAGACCUAGGUUGGAAGGUGUACCAAUACUCGGAUAUUUUGUCUGAUCAGGAUCUCGCAAAGAUCACCAGCCUAUGCACAGUUCAUAAAUAUUCACCAGAUGAGUGGGUCAUUGAAGGCGACGAGUCCCCUGAAUCGCAACUGGCCACUGAAGCCAGCUCGCAGGAUGCCUCGGCUGCUGCUGAUGCUGCCAGCGCCGUUGAUCCCGAAGGAGAGGUCCUGGCCGUGAAGCAAAAAGGUCUUGGUUUGAAGACAUUGCGUCAUGUCCUGUCCUUUUUCUCUGAUAUUCGAGGCGUCGAUAUCUCGAAAUUGCCUCUGGCUGAGCAACGUGAGAUUCAGGCUCGGAUGGAGAAGGACUGCGUUGAUGCCGCGAUCCACCGAUGGCGAGAGGAGCACCAAGCUUUGAUGAAGAUGGGAAAGAACACAUCCUUGUCCACGAACGCCUUGAACAGUCAACUCUACGACUGGCAAUGCGCUCUGGAAACGAGGAUCAAGGAAGAAAUGAAGCUUAUGGACAUCGCCGAGGCUCAACCGACCAAGUCAUCCGAUGAUCUCGACAAAAUUCUCAUUGCACCCUUCUUGAGACAGUCCAAUCCAGCCCGGCUUGCUGCUGUCACCAUUCUUAGUAUUUUAAAUUCGACUGCGUCAGCCGACAGUGACAAUGGACCGACCAUUGCGAUCGCCGUCUCCGCUCUUGCCAAAGCCGUCGAAGAAGAUGUUCGACUCCAACGAAACCACGAGGCCCGGAAAUUGAGAAAGACCCGGAGACGUUUCUUGCAUCGCGAGGCAGCCGAACAUGAACAGGCCGCUUCGUCGUCACCUGAAACCACUCCGCCCGAUUCCACUUCACCCGAAAAUAGCGUAAUCAAGCAUGUUGAGGAGGCAAUUCAAAAUGCAGACCACUGGCCGGUCGUGAUCAAGACGAAAAUCGGCGCUUUCCUGACACUAGCUCUAAUUGAGACAGCCACAGUCACAGUCACUCGCGAGCACCCAGACACCAAAGAGCUCGUUAGCCAGGUCCAACCCUCUUUCGCUAAAUCCACCAUCUUCAAGAAGGGCAAGAGGGUCGGCAUGAUCAUGCCCAACAAGUAUUUGACAGAGCUUAUGAAAAAGGAGCCACGGGCUGACUUCCUUGCACGACAUCUGCCUAUGCUUGUUGAACCUGAGCCUUGGUCCAAGUUCGACAAGGGUGGAUUCCUUGAAUUUCCCACGUCCAUUAUUCGAAUCAAGAAUGGCGAAAAGGAUCAGAAGGUCUAUACCGAAGCAGCCAUAAAGAGGGGUGACCUUGACCAGGUCUGUAAAGGUCUUGAUGUUCUUGGGCGGACCGCAUGGAGAAUUAACCGAUCUGUCUUCGGGGUCAUGCUAGAGGCAUGGAACAGCGGUGAAGCAAUUGCAAACUUUCCCCCUCUGCAUCCGAGCAUACCUCUUCCACCAGAACCUGAAUAUUCCGACGAUCCUUUGGCGAGAAAAGUUUGGAUUGCUCAAGUCAAGGCUAUUGAAAAUGAAAAGGCAGGACUUCACUCGGAACGUUGCUUCAUCAACUUCCAAAUGGAAAUCGCCAAUUCUUUCAAGGACCAAACCUUUUACUUUCCACACAACAUGGAUUUCCGUGGUCGAGCUUAUCCCAUUCCAACCUACCUGAAUCACAUGGGUGCCGAUAACACCCGUGGAAUGCUACUUUUUGCGGAGGGUAAAGAGCUUGGCGAGAGUGGUCUCCGAUGGCUCAAGGUGCAAAUAUCCAACGUGGCUGGUUUUGACAAGGCCAGUAUUUCUGAGCGUGAGGCAUUCGCGAUGGAGCAUAUGGCCGAAAUCAUCGACUCAGCUACGAACCCUCUGAGCGGAGGGAGAUGGUGGCUGAAAGCAGAAGACCCAUGGCAAUGCUUGGCGGCUUGUUUUGAGUUCAAAGCAGCCAUGGAACUACCAGAUCCCACAAAGCAUGUCUCCGCUCUCCCCAUCCAACAGGACGGCACUUGCAACGGUCUUCAGCAUUACGCGGCUCUUGGAGGUGAUCGCUGGGGAGCGCAGCAAGUCAACCUUAUGCCUGGAGAUCGUCCGGCUGAUGUCUACUCUGCUGUUGCGGAUUUGGUCAAGGAAAGUAUCAAAGAAGACGUCAAGAAGGACAACCAGCUUGGCAAGAUCAUGGAUGGCAAGAUCACCCGCAAGGUCGUCAAACAAACGGUUAUGACCAAUGUUUACGGUGUCACAUUCAUUGGUGCUAGGGCACAGGUUCACAAGCAGAUUGAGGCGGCACAUCCCAACAUCGAGGCUGAAACAGGCAUGCCAUCCAUGCUCCUGGCUUCUUAUGUCGCAUCCAAGAUCUUCAAGGCCCUGUCGACCAUGUUCAGCGGUGCUCACGACAUCCAGUACUGGCUUGCUGAAUGCGCUGGUCGUGUGUGCCGAGCUAUAAGUCCGGAGCAACUUGACAACUUGGCUGCAUUGACCGAAGCACAGAAUGCAGAGGCCGUUGCCGGAGAGCCAAUAACGAAAAAGAAGGCGAAAGCGCUGAAAGUAGUCAACAAGAACUCGACAAAGAACUUCCUUGCGAGCGAUCUCAUGAGCCAUUGGAAAUCAACCAUAGUUUGGACCACUCCUCUGCGAUUGCCAGUUGUGCAACCUUACCGGAGAGGCGGCACCCGCACCAUUCCUACAGCUCUGCAGGAUCUGAAUCUUGUUAUCCCGGAGCGGUCUGAUCCUGUGAAUCGACGGAAGCAAUUGCAGGCAUUCCCGCCCAACUUUAUCCAUUCCCUUGAUGCUACUCACAUGCUUCUCUCGGCUCUGGAAUGCGAUGCCAUGGGCCUAACCUUUGCAGCCGUGCAUGAUUCUUUCUGGACUCACGCUGCCGAUGUCGAUGUAAUGAACAAAGUCUUGCGAGACUCUUUCAUUCGCAUCCACAGCGAAAAUGUCAUUGAGCGGUUGGCAUCCGAAUUUGAGGCGCGGUACAAGGGCUCGCUUUACCUAACUAAGCUCGAGAUUGGCAAUGCAGCAGAGAAAGAGAUCGUGGCUCUCCGUCAGGAGUUGCGCCUGUCAGCACAGGAUGAAGUACUCAUGGAACGCGAGCGAUUGAGACUUCUUAAGUCCUCGGACCCAGAGGAAGUCCAGCGCGGCCAGCAGAUGCGGACACCGGCAAGCAUCUAUAUCGAGCACAACGGCACUGCUGCGUCGGUCUCGAAGGGGGAGAUUGAUGAGGUUGGCCUGGGCAACGUCCCAUCUCCUGACGAAAUGGCCAAGUCUGCCCUUGAAGACAAGCCGACGACUACUCACAGAAAAUUGCUGGAUUUCAAAAUAGACAACCCUAAAGAGGUUGAGACCUUACUCUCAACCAGUGGCUUUGAGAAUGUGAUUUCAAAGUCGAGGUCCUCAAACACUUCGAUAUAUUCCUCUGUGAUGGGCAUCUGGCUUCCGCUGAAAUUCCCCGAAGUGCCCAAAAAGGGCGAUUUCGAUGUUAAACAAUUAAAGGACAGUCAAUAUUUCUUCUCGUGA